UCCCUCUGGUUCUCAUCCACUAAUUUGUGCUUGGUAGAGAGCUAUUGGAAUGUUUCCUUUUUAGUUAGUUUAUGGAUUAGAGAGCGCUUUGCCCUUGCCAUUAUAACUCUCCACGCUCAAUUUACAAAAGGUCAUUGAAGAUGAGCAAUUUCAGUCUACAGUGGAGAAGGUCCUAGCUAGGAUUUGUCCAUUUUUCCAAGUUCAUGAAUCAACUUGAGCGCCUUUUAUUGAUUGUAAAUUUGUUGCUUCUUUGUGGUCUAUGUUCUUGGGUAAUUUGUUUGGUUGGGACUACAAAGAAGGUUUUAAUUGGUUUGAGAUUUUGGUUGGGUAUAUUAGUGUUUUUUCUGCUAAGCUUAAUAAUUUCUAGCUUGUUUUGUCUAAUGAGAUUUUGUGGUAUAUCUAGAACAAGAUAAAUGAAGAAAUUUUUCAAGGCAAUAGAAGGCACCUUACUGAAUUCACUAGUGAACUCACCUUUACUAACAUUUUUUUACAAGUUUUGACAAUUAUAGAAAUUCCAAAAGACAGGUUCAUGAUCUUGUUGAAAUAAGGUUUGUCAAUUGGGUAGAGAACAAAGAUCAAAUAUGUCUAGUUCUUUUGUCAUGGAAGAAAUAAUUUGAAUGAAGAGGAGCUCACACUACUUAUCCAAUAUAUGGAUAAGAACAACAUUCCUAAACCCCUUGCAGAGGAAAGCACCAAGCCAAAGAGAGGUUAGAAGACAUACUAUCAACCCAUUGUCAAAGAUCCUAAUCAAGAUGAUGAGAUCGAACCUCCCAUUGGAACGUAUGACUGUGAUUAUACAGAGUAUAGUAGUAAUGCUAUGGGUCUUUCAGAAUAGUUAGCUAUGUAGUAGCCUAUUAAUUUGUGAUCUUGUGAUUAUUUGAUGGUAAUCUUAUCCAAUUGGUGCAACAACUUAUUUUUUAUCUACCUUUUUGAUGCGGUGAUACUAUCGCUAUGUUAUACUCUUUCUAUAUUUUAGACAAUAUGGAGAUGAUAUAGUCUUCUUGUUUUGUAAUAGGUUUAAUCAUUUUCAUUAGUAUGACAUUGAGAGUUUCACGUUGAACAUAUGAAAUAUGAUUCAAGUAUUGAGGAGUUUAUACAAGCUCUGAUAUCUUGGGAAACACUAAAACCCAACAUUAAUUUUGCCUCCAUCAUGUCAAAGAUUGAAGUUCUAGCUUCCCCAGUUUGGUUUCUCUGUAUUGUUUGCGGCCUUGGAUGUUUGCUCCAGGUAGCUCAAGUAAUAGCAGUCACAGAUCCCAAGGAAGCUGCUGCAAUAAGGUCACUUUCUGGUAAGUGGAAGAUUGAAUCAUCUGCAACAUGGAACCUUACAGAUCCAUGCUCUGGCAUAGCCAAUUCUACUGCAAGUAUAGCAGAGCUAAAACUUGUCAUGAAGUGUGAUUGCUCAGGAAUCUACUGCCAUGUUACACAAAUGAUAGUCACCGAGUUGGACAAAACAGGAGAGCUCCCAGAAGAACUGGCUACUCUGACUUACCUCUUCGAUCUGAAUCUGAACAAGAACUAUUUUAGUGGGAGCAUUCCUUCUUUCAUGGGGAAACUCACUGAGAUGCAAUACUUGGCCUUUGGCCAGAAUAACUUUUCUGGUCCUAUACCAAAGGAGAUUGGAAAUCUUCGGAAGUUGAUAUCAUUGAGCUUUUCGACAAACAAUCUUAAUGGAACAUUGCCGCCAGAACUUGGUAAUCUGGAUCAGUUGGAAAAACUGUAUAUUGAUAGUUCUGGAUUAAGUGGAGAGAUUCCAAGUACUUUCAGAAAUCUAACGAAAUUGAAGACAGUAUGGGCAUUUGAUACUCUACUUUCAGGCCAAAUACCUGAUUUCAUUGGAAACUGGAGUAGUCUAACUGAUUUGAAAAUUUAUGGAACUGAUCUCAAGGGUCCAAUUCCUUCAAGCUUCUCCAAAUUAAGAAAUUUGUUAACUCUCAGGAGACUGAGUGACUUAACUUUGGGGGUCACGUCGUUGAAAUUCUUACAAGACUUGAAGAAUUUAAAUCAACUAAUCUUGAGAAACAACAAGAUUUUGGGCGAAAUCCCUUCAUAUGUUGCCGAAUUGAGCGAAUUGGAGUACUUGGACUUGAGUUUUAAUAAUUUUACAGGAGAGUUUCCAACUUCACUUCAAAAUUUGAGCUCUUUGAAAUUCUUGUUUCUUGGAAAUAAUAAUCUAUCUGGGAAGCUUCCUUCACAAAUGAAUUUGUCUCUUACAUACCUAGAUCUAUCGUACAAUCAAUUUUCAGGAACUCUUCCAACCUGGUCGAGUGGCACAACUUUGAAAGCAAAUCUGGUUGGAAAUUACUUGGAAAUAAAGGAGACAAAUAAUGGACUGGCUUGCCUCCAACGGACUUUUCCUUGUAAUAGAGGAGCUCCACGCUAUUCCCACUUUGCAAUAAACUGCGGCGGCUUACAAAUGACUCCACAGAAAGGAACUGUUUAUGAAAGUGACGACGAAACACUUGAUGCUGCCUCAUUUUAUGUGAGUGAUACACAAAAGUGGGGAGUGAGCAAUACUGGAAAUUUUGUGGACAAUCCAGCACCGAAGUUUACAGAAUCCAAUCAAUCUCAAUUUAGAAAAACAUUAAAUACAGAACUCUACCAAACAGCACGCUUAUCUCCCAGUUCACUAAGGUACUAUGGUUUAGGACUUCAAAAUGGACGAUAUACAGUAAAACUACAGUUUGCUGAAUUAGAUAUUCUAGACACAGAAAGCUGGAAGAGUUUUGGAAAACGCCUUUUUGAUGUGUCCAUUCAGGGGAAUAAAGUAUUAACAAAUUUCAACAUCCAAAAGGAGGCAGGAGGUUCAUUUAUAGCAGUUGAUCGAAAUUUCAGCACAAUUGUGACUGAAAAUUUCCUUGAAAUUCAUUUUUUCUGGAGUGGGAAGGGAACGUGCUGUAUUACAAGCCUCGGAACCUAUGGACCUUUGAUAUCAGCCAUAAGUGUUACACCUGAAUUCAAGAGUACUGUUUCAGAUCUUCCACUUCUCAAGUCCUCUUCGAAGAAAAUGACCACCGGAGCAGUGAUUGGAAUUGUUUUCGGUGGAAUGUCUGCUGUUUUGAUAUGUCUUAUUUUUAUCAUUUUCUGGCGGAGGAAAGUCAGAAAAUGCCAGGAAAAAGAAGUACUUAAAGGAAUUCAAACAAAACCAAACAUUUUCAGCUAUACUGACAUGAAGAAUGCAACAAGCGAUUUUCGUGAAGAAAAUAAGUUGGGCCAGGGAGGAUUUGGUACAGUUCAUAGGGGCAUUCUUCCAGAUGGUAAAUUAGUAGCAGUGAAGCAACUGUCAUCUGAAUCUAAGCAAGGAAAGCGUGCAUUUAUAAAUGAAGUAGCUGCAAUAUCUGCAGUGCAACACAGGAACCUUGUUAAAUUGCAUGGAUGCUGUGUAGAAGGAGAACAUCGUAUUUUGGUCUACGAAUGUCUGGAAAACAAUAGCCUUGCACACGCUUUAUUGGGCAAUAAAAUAUCGGAAAUCCACCUGGACUGGCCUACUCGGUUUAACAUCUGCAUUGGCACUGCACGUGGGCUUGCUUACCUUCAUGAGGAAUCCAGUGUCCGAAUAGUGCAUCGAGACAUCAAAUCCAGUAACAUCCUGUUAGAUAACUCUCUGAACCCCAAGAUUUCAGAUUUUGGGUUGGCUAAGCUAUUUGAUGAAUCCAUAACUCAUAUCAGUACCAGAGUUGCUGGCACAGUAGGUUAUCUGGCUCCGGAGUACGCAAUGCGAGGUCACCUCACAGAAAAAGCUGAUGUUUUCAGCUUUGGGGUGGUUGUUUUAGAAGUAGCGAGCGGGAGGAGUAACACAGAUACAACCUUGCCACAAGAGAGUGUCUAUCUUCUGGAAUGGGCUUGGCAACUGCAUGAGCAAAAGAAACUGCUGGAAUUGAUGGAUCCUGAACUAAGAUCAACAUACAUAGAAGAAGAAGUCCUCAGAGUAAUUGCAGUAGCCCUUCUUUGUACACAAGCUGUGCCUACAAUGCGCCCAUCAAUGUCUCGAGUGGUAGCAAUGCUGACUGGGGAUGUAGAGGAAAUUCCUGUUGCUUCUCGCCCUGGUUACAUCACAGAUUGGCAGUACAACAACUAUUUGGCUGAUCAAAAUUCUGAAAGCACAUGAAUUGUAUAACACCCAAACAGACAGGCACAUAAAUCAUGCUGCCUGCUGCAUUGUUCUUGCCUGAAAAUGAAGAUAUGACUCUAUCAAUGAUCCACCUAGCUUUAGGAAAUGGCCAAUGAAUACUAAACUCUGAAAACAAUAUGUAGACCUUGUCUCUACUAAUGUCGCCACAUUUCAUAGUGACUAUAUUUUAAAUGUAGUGUAGCAGUACCCGUAUUCGUAUACUCCCAUACAAUAUCUACUGACCUUCACAGUAUCCCACAUCUACCAGUGAUUAUAAUGUCUGUUGAUCCUGAAAUCUUACAGUAAGAACACAAUUGGUGGUUUUUAUAUUGGUUGCUUCAUUUUGUUA